GCUACCUUCAAUUAAUUUUGCAAUGACAAAUUUCUGAGAAACUAAAUUCUGACUAAUUGGGGGCGCGGUAAAGCAGCGUUAUUGCAAGGAUAAAGAUACAAAUUCUGAGAAAAAGAAGGAGUGGAAGGAAAUUUAAUCUUUCCUGAGGUUCAUCACAUAAUAUCUCUCAAUGGACAAGCCGGAGGUAGAUCAAGCCAUCGCGUCGCCUCCCAAGGAGACCGAGGAGACGGACGGAACAGAAGCCGACGCCCGAGGGGCACGCAGAUCACCCUUUGCUCUCCUGCAUGACAAUGCGAGUAAAAGCAGAGAAAGGGUGACGGAGGAGACGUUUAGAUUCCCAGGUUUCCUGGAGUCGCUGACGAACGAAGACACGACUCGGCUGCUCUACUACGACAUGAACCACAAGAACCGGGGCAUGGCGGUCAUUUUCAACCAUGAAAACUUUGACUGGAAGACGGGAAUGAACCAGCGAGUCGGAACCAACCACGAUGUAGAGAACCUCAAGCUUCAUCUAGGACGUCUAGGCUUCAAGGUCUUGGUCUUUCAGGAUGCAUCGGCUUCUGAACUCAGAAGGAAUCUUGAACUAGCGUCUAAGGCAGACCACACAGACAGCGACUGUUUCAUGUGCGUCUUCCUAACCCACGGCGACGAUGGCAUCCUGUACGCAAGGGACUCCACGUUAGAUCUGCAAGAACUCUUUGAAUUCUUCCGAGGGGAGAAGUGCCCGACUCUCAUAGGGAAGCCCAAGUUAUUCUUAAUACAGGCCUGUAGAGGAGAUAGGCAUGAGAUAGGUGUUGACCCUCCUGUUGACGUGACGGACUCUGCUGCACCAGAAGAUGAAUGGGUGACAGUCACAGACAGCGGAACAAGACCAACCAUCCCUGCGGCAGCAGAUAUGCUCUUAUCAUAUUCGGUAGUACAAGGUUACUACUCGCAUCGAGACACGGCGUUUGGCUCCUGGUACAUCCAAGCCCUGGCCAAGGUCCUGGCCCUUCACGGUACCACCAUGGAGAUCACCGAGAUCCUCACCCUCGUCAAUCAACUCAUCUCCCAGCGCGCUGUGGAGCGCUGCCUGGACCCACGCAUGGUGGGCAAGAAGCAGAUGCCGUGUUACAUGUCCAUGCUGACCAGGAAGCUUAUAUUCAUGCCCAAGAAAUGAUGUCUGCAAUCCCCUUGGAGGUAGUGUGGUAGUAUCGGUAACGAAGCGAUAUUCAGUGGCACUUGAAACCGUGCAAUUUUAUAAAACAAUGUCCAUAUCUGGUCAAUUCAUAAUAAUUAUUUAAAGUUCUGGUUUUAUAAAGUAUUUAAUAUGGAAUACAGAUAUUAUUAUUACCCUGGUCCCUAGAUUUAUUCACUGUCACAGUGUGCACCAUUACCACUCCCUGGGGAGUAUCCCUACCCUAUGGUCACCGUGAGGGUAUCAAUUUCUAUCACACAGGCUUUGGUCAUCCUACCAGGUCGCCCAUUCCUCACCUGAGCAUGGAGUGGCAAAUGUAAAUUGAUGUCUUGCCAAAUGACUCUUGAAACUGAAUACUGAAUUCUCAUAGUCUCCAUGGCUUAAUGUACAGGGACCAACCCGAUGCUGGAGGCCCGAUGGCUCAGUCGUAGAGCAUUGGUCUUGUAACCAGGAGGUCCCGGGUUCAAAACCAAGUCAAUGCGCUAGUCAUUACCAAGGCCCUUAGAGAGGACUUAAAGCUAUCGCCUCCUGUUUGCUUACUUACAAACACACUCAUGUAUUCAGGUAAAACAAACAAACAAACUGACUCACACACCUAUCUUGGAUCUUGCCACUUUGUUACAGUCAUGCACCAAAUGUAGUUUUGUAGACACUGGUGCGUGCCUGCCUUAUUUAGGUAGCUCAGUGAAAUUUAGUGGCUUAAAAAGACGCAUCCAGAAGGCAAAAUGGGUAACAGUUGGUGAUGUCAGUUGAUUAAAAGUUCUUCUUUGACAUAUCUGAAUGAUGUUUAAGUAAUAUUAAAACCAAAUCAAGACAGUACAUUUACAUUACCCCUCUAUAUCCUAUAACGAUGUGGUUCUACCUGUGUGUGAUAACAUUUUUCAUUUUCGACGAUUGAGCAUUUUGCAUUCCAGACCCGUCUUUUCAUGCCAAGUCAUUUCACUAAGUUACCUUAGAAAGAUUCUAGAUAUGGGGAUGGCAAAUGUUGAUUGACCAGAUGUGUUCCUUUGUCAAAAGGCUUCAGGUUUUGCCUUACUUUUGCAUCUUAUAGAUGGGCAAUAUGUACAUCAUGUUGGUAAAUACAUCUAUUACCAAAAUAUUAUUAUCUUUUUUUCCAAGGUUAUGAAAGUCUAUUGAUGUUGACCAUGACAUUGUAUGUUUGUGUUGAAGAAAUG